AUGUUUGGUUCAUACGCGAUACAAACAAGACUCGACGUUAACGUCGGAAGGGGUUUUCACGUGAUUGCGCGUGUGUUUUCACGUGACAAUCUCCCACCCACCUCUUGCCUCUCCCUCCUACCCACCCACCUCAUCGUAGCCUCUCCCUCCACCCCGCCAUCCUUUCUUGCCCACCACACCGUCCUCUCUCCCUCCCACCCACCGUCGCCUCCCACCCGUCGUCGCCCCCACCCGCCGUCGCCUCUCCUUCCUACCCGCCGUCGCCGCUCCCUCCCUCCCGUCGUCGCCGCUCCCUCCUCCCGCCGUCGCCGCUCCCUACCUCCCGCCGUCGUCUCUCCCUCCCUCCCGUCGUCGCCGCUCCCUCUUCCCGCCGUCGCCGCUCCCUACCACCCUGCCGUCGCCGCUCCCUCCCAUUCCGCCGUCGCCUCUCCCUCCCUCCCGUCGUCGCCGCUCCCUCCUCCCGCCGUCGCCGCUCCCUCCCACCCCGCCGUCGCCGCUCCCUCCCAUUCCGCCGUCGCCUCUCUUUCCCAUCCGCCGUCGCCUCUCCCUCUCACUUCGCCGUCGCCUCUGGCGGGUGCUGGUGCCGUGGGCACAGGCGCCCUGUGCCCUUGCGCCAUUGGCGCGAACCCCGUGGGCGCUGGCGCCUAA